GGCCCAUUGAGAAAGUGAAGAAAUCAGUAGGUAAGCGAAAUCAGAGAGCCAUGUCGACCCUGAAAGAGAUCCUAACGCGGCGUCCAGUGGCGGCGACAAUCAGGCUGACGGUUCCUGCGGGAGGAGCACGACCCGCACCUCCUGUAGGACCGGCUCUCGGACAGUACCGUCUCAAUCUAAUGGCCUUCUGCAAGGACUUCAACGCCCGAACCCAAAAGUACAAGCCCGACACCCCUAUGGCAGUCACCAUUACCGCCUUCAAAGAUAACACUUUUGAGUUCACUGUUAAGUCUCCGUCCGUCACGUGGUACCUGAAGAAGGCGGCGGGUAUCGAGUCCGGAAGCAGCCGGCCAGGCCACGUGAUCGCCACCACGUUGUCCGUCAGGCAUAUUUAUGAGAUUGCCAAGAUUAAGCAAUCCGAUCCCUAUUGCCAAUACAUGUCCCUGGAGAGUAUUUGUAAGUCCAUUAUUGGGACUGCUAAUACUAUGGGGAUUAAGGUGGUCAAGGAAUUGGAUUAGAUUCUUCAUUUCCUUUUCAAUUUAAAAUUUUGUGGUGGCGUUUUGUUACUGCGUUGGAUUUUGGUGCAUCUAAACUGUUCGACAUAUUGUCCGUGUGGGAAAACCUUAGCAUGUCUGUUUGAAUGAUUUCUGCAACUUUCGAACAUUAUUUCAAUUCACUGCAUCAUUUCUGA